AUGGACGCAUUGGGUGGAUUCGGCGGCGCCGGCGGAUUCUGGGGAUGGAAUGGGUUCGAUCAACGGAGGAAGAAGAAGAAGAACUCUUCCGGCGACAGAGGAAAGCAAAGGAACUCUGGAUCGUCGGAUUCGGUCAAUGUGAGCAAAGACGCCGGUUAUCGGUUUCCGUUAAAGCAAGCUGUGACCGCCGGCGCACUCACCUUCACCGGCGACACGAUUGCCCAGAUAUCUGGACGGUGGAAUAAGAAGAGAGCUGCUCUUCAACAUUCAGCUUCUGAUAAACUUGACGAGGAGGAAUGGUGGAGCAUUUUGGCAGAACAUGAUUGGGUGCGUGCACUGAGGAUGAGUUCUUACGGAUUAUUAUUGUAUGGACCUGGUUCUUAUGCAUGGUAUCAAUACCUUGACUAUUCUUUGCCAAAACCAACCGCUACGAAUCUUGUGCUUAAGGUUCUGCUUAACCAAGUAGUCCUCGGUCCAAUUGUGAUCGGUGUUAUAUUUGCUUGGAACAACUUAUGGCUGGGAAAGCUCUCUGAGCUUGGAAACAAGUAUCAGAAAGAUGCUCUUCCAACGCUUCUCUAUGGAUUUCGCUUCUGGAUUCCCGUUAGCAUUCUGAACUUCUCGGUGGUCCCGCUUCAAGCUCGAGUAGCUUUCAUGUCCAUGGGUUCGGUGUUUUGGAACUUCUACUUAUCUUCAGCUAUGAGCAAGUAG